CAAAUCUCACACACUUGCGCCCGAUUAAGUAUAAAACGACGCUCUGAAUCAGAGCCUCUGAUACACUUUUCGAAGCUGACUUUAUUCUUAAAAGUUCCGCCGUACCGUUCAAAUCACUUGAUAUUAUUUAAUUUAAAUUACUAAUUGAUAUUAAAAUAGUUUGGUUGUUUCUGUCUGCAAUUUGGUUGAUCACAUACUUCGAUUCAUUCCGUUUAGCUGCAAUUCAUACUUAUAAUUCAUCAUGCAAAACGAGUUCUCUGAUGAAAAUUUCAAUAUAAGUUAUGUGAAGCUGGAAAAGAUACCUCCAGAAAAAAUAAAGAAAGAAAAAAAUCAUGGUGCCACCAAUGGUAGCAGCAAUAGAAAAUCCGAUGAAAAAAAAUCACAAUCGACUCAACCGAAGAAGAAGAAUAUGACGAAGACCAAGAAAAAAGUCGAUGGAAAAAAUGAUCAUGCUGAACUGUGGUUCGAACCGGAACGUAUUGUGGGUGCAACCGAUUUAUAUGGCGACAAAAUCACAUUCCACAUCAAAGUCAAGGACAGAGAUGACUAUGAAAUUGUGUCAUCGAAAAUUGCAAAUUUGGCUUGUCCACAAUUGGUGAUUGCAUUUUAUCAAAAACAUCUCGUUUUCACUGAUUAAUUUACCGUUAAGCCUAUUGAUUGGGCCAAUUGUUAAAAUUUAUUUAUUUGGUUUUUAAGUCUACUUUAAAAAGCCAACAAUUGUAGUAUUGUAUUCCUAGUUAAUUAACAAUAGUCGAGAUCGAUUGAGUCAAUAGUUCAAAAUAUAGUUACAUUAGUUUGUUUUUUUUUUUUAUUAUUUGAAUAAAUAGUCGAUAUAUAAUAUGAAAAUAGUGAAUGAAAAAGUUUAGUUAAUCCGUUAUCACAGUUGUGUCAAGAAAAAUAUUAAGUCAUUAAAAGAAAAGACGUCUAAUUCCGUUUGAUUGUUCGAGUUUCACUAUCAAAACUAUCAAAAAAAUGACUGUUGAUUUUUCGCCGAAAAUUAUUGAUUUUGUCAAUUUGUAAGAAAAGAAAGUAAGCCUUUAACACAAAUUGUAUUUGAUUUUGAAAAUCAUAUGGCAAAAGUAGCAUUCUAUGUAUGAGCAGCAAUUGUAAAUCACCACAUCAAAAAGCAUAUCGUUUUCACUGACUAAUUUACCGCUAAGUGAGCCUAUUGAUUGGGCCAAUCGUUAAAAUAACCUGUUGAAACUUCGAAGAAGUAGUAUUUAUCGUUCAUGUUCUUAUUUCGUUAAUUGUUUAAAACUAUAAAAAAAUUACACUCGAUUUUUCGCCGAAAAGUGUUGAAUUUGUAAAGAACAAAGAGUUGACGUUAUGACUUGAUUUGCGACGAUGAAGAGGAUUUUGUCAAUUUGUAAGAAAAAUAAAAAUGUUGAAGCAAAUGAAAGUAAACCGUAAA